AUGAACGAAGAAAUUGAUCACACCCAAACAUUAUCUUCGGCAACGGGAUCUGCAUCAUUUAACAAACGAAGCAACUUUCAGUUUACUUACGAUUCCGAAACUAAUCUACUUUUUCUCAUUCAUAAGUAUAAAGAGGACAUCUUCACUAGAGGUAACAUCAUUAAGACAUGGGAGAAAGUUUUGCAAGAAUUUAAUGAGCGAUGUAAUUCCAACAUAGUGCAAAGCAGGACAAUAAAUCAUCGCUUUCAAAUGUUGAAAAAGAAUUUGGAGAACCGGUUAAAACAUAACAAUCAGCUCCUAGAUCAGGUGGUGUUGAACGAAAAUGAAAAGCUCUUGGUCGAUAUCUUGGAGUAUAUGUACAAAAAUAAUCACACCGAAGUUAACCCAUACUCAUUGGGGGGCAGUAGUAAUAAUAGUGAUGUUGCCAUUAAUACUCAAAUUGACAAUUCAUAUGUUCAUCAAAAUGCUACGACGACACAGAUUGAGAACCCACUAGCUCUUGCAGAUAUGUCCCAAAUAAGUCCUAAUUCUUAUGAAUAUAAAUUGAAUCGAGACAGAGCACAAUACUUGAUGUCGCAGGGAUUCGAUAAUUCGAUACAACAUCAAUUUCAGAAUAAUAUGGAUUUUCCCAAUGGAAUUCGCCAGCAUCAACUAGUGCCAUCAUCUGGAACCCCACUGCUUGGUACGAAUAAAGAUAUUGUCGCUGGAUAUGUUCCCUCUCUUGAACAUUCAGAAUUAAUUAACCCUUCAAAUCAAAUUAGUCACGCAGAAGAAACAAUGUUACAGCCGCAUCCUAAUAAUCAAGCAUCUAGUCAUAUUAUCUACAAAUCACCGGACAUAAAUAUGACUGCUUCUGUGCCACAAAAUGAACAACACAACGUUCAACACCCACUGAGACAUUCCAAUAGCUCUACGUCAGCGGGAACCCUGGCAUCAACUCUGCAACCACAACAACAAUUGAAUCACGAGUCAAAACAGCAUUUUGGUAACAAUAUCUCUCCUAAUAUUCAAUAUGAUAAUAAUCCUAACACUAGAACAAGUGAUUUUGCUUAUCGCCAGGAUCAGAACCAGAACCACGAGCACCAGCAACAAUAUCAAACCCAACUGCAACAAGAUAAUACCACUGAGUCGCUAUUAAAACGAUUGAUAGUUUCUCAGUCCCAAGUUGCUCAUUCGAUAAAUGCUCUUCGAGAAGAUUUGCAGAGUUUUAAAAGCGAGACAAAUCAAAAAUUUGACAGGUUAAUUAGCGACUAUUCUUUGCAACAAGACAACUCAAUGAAUAAAAAAUUGGACAGUUUAAUUAGAAUUCUUCGAUCUCAAAACCUUAAAAAUGAUGAUAAUAGUAGUAGCCCUACUGAUGAAGAUAUGACCAACGAGCAUGAUUCCAGUUAUGGUGCUGAACAAGCUACAAGUACGGACUAA